AUGAAGCAUGGUUCGGAUCAGAACGCGACAGCGAACGGACACUUGCAAAAGCUCUCUAUUGUAGUGCAAGUUCCGUCGAGGUUAUCAAACGAUGCCCACCAACCAGAAUAUGACCCCGAAGGGUUCAAAGGCGUUGUUCCAAAGCUGACCCACGAAAAACGACACAACAAUGUGUUGCGCAGCGUCGCUGGCACAUUGCACUUCGCUUCCCUGGUGUAUCUUGUCAUCUCCACCGCAUCCUCUGCCGCGGCCCCGUCCCACCAUCUACGUCUCCACCACCUUCGUGGACUAGACAACUUCGACGAGUGGCAUUUCGAGUUGACCACGAUCGUCCUCCAAGGAGAAGGCCUGACAACUCAGGCGACUCAGUGCGCUGGCGUCGAUGCCAAGUGGUUCAUCAAGGAACUGACGCGUGCAUCUCGCGUCCUCGAUGCCGACACUAGGAAACUGCGUCGGCACAUCGACGACGAAGUCCUCCAUCCGUCAUCGGAGCCCCCACUUCCACCACCUGUCCUCGAUGACGUGGAGCCGAAAUUGAUCGACCCCAUGAUGGAAUACCUGACCGAACAUCGUUUGGUCAAGUUCCUCGAAGCUCGCGCAGCCAAAGCCUCGCUAGAGGAACUCAUCAAAACUGAACACGCUGAUGUCGAACGAUCCAUCGCGUUGGUCUAUGCGUCGUUGUCGGAGUCAGUGCGCCGCAACGCUGCGGCCGCAAACCUCGUUCCAUGCGCGCACUGCAUCAUAGAGUGGCCCCGCGGCAAGUUCUGCAGCUAG